AUGCCCCAGGUCAACACUUUCCCCCGACCACACACCAUCCCCCAUCGCUCGUCUCAUCCCAUUCUCCACUGCCCUGCAUUCCCCCGACCCUCCGGUGAAACCACGUCGCUCGCGCGGCCGCAGCCACGUCUCAAUGGGCCCUCAUUCCGAGCGAUGUGUCGCCCAUCCCCCGCCGCGAACACCCCUCCCGCCCCUCGACGCGCCGCGAUACGAAGCCCGCGUGGUGCUCGAAACACGUCGAAACGAGCAGUAGACUCGUCCUCCACUCGUACGUCCCGCCGCGCGCCCGUACGACCCCUCGACGGUGCCCUCGAAGACCCUCCUCGCGCCGAUGCACGUGUGCGCGCAGUAGCGCUCUAG